UCCUCAUUUCUGCGAAACUAUUGAAAAAAAGGGCGCCACGCAGCUAUGCAGUGUUAAAUGUUUGCGGCUCAAACGCGUCGACACUCGCGCACAAAGAGAGAGGAACUAGAGACGCGCGCGCUCCUGCGUCUGUUGCGCGAGAGGCGAAAAGGCGUCAAUUCUUAAAAAAAAUAAAUCGGCGCCGGCGAUCCCCUUUCUCCGCUUUUGAAGAAUUAAAUAAAGAAAUCAAACUGGCUCACGCUGUCUCGAACCCGACCACUUUGACAGCUGCUCUUCACCCCCUUUGGAGGACUGUCAACAGCAAAAGGAUGGCAUCAGAACUGGCAAUGAGCAGCUCCGACCUGCCCACCGGUCCCCUGGCCAUGGAAUAUGUUAAUGACUUCGAUCUGAUGAAGUUUGAAGUGAAAAAGGAGCCGGUGGAGCCCGAUCGCAGCAUCAGCCAGUGCAACCGCCUGAUCGCCGGGGGAUCCCUGUCUUCCACCCCGAUGAGCACGCCUUGCAGCUCGGUUCCCCCUUCCCCAAGCUUCUCGGCGCCCAGUCCGGGCUCCGGGAGCGAGCAGAAGGCGCACCUGGAGGAUUUCUACUGGAUGACCGGCUACCAACAGCAGCUCAACCCAGAGGCUUUGGGCUUCAGCCCCGAGGACGCGGUGGAGGCGCUGAUCAACAGCAGUCACCAGCUCCAGAGCUUCGACGGAUAUGCUAGAGGGCAGCAGUUCAGCAGCGCAGCCGGGGCGGGAGGCGCCAUGGCCGGCGAGGAGAUGGGAUCCGCCGCCGCGGUGGUCUCCGCGGUCAUCGCGGCCGCCGCAGCCCAGAACGGGACACCCCACCACCACCACCAUCACCACCACCACCCGGGCGGCCACCAUCCGACGCCCGGGAUGCAGUCCAACGGCAACUCCGCCAGCCACCAGCACAUGCACCUGGACGACCGCUUCUCGGACGAGCAGCUGGUGACCAUGUCCGUGCGCGAGCUCAACCGACACCUCCGGGGGGUCAGCAAAGAGGAGGUGAUCCGGCUCAAACAGAAGAGGAGAACCCUCAAAAACAGAGGCUAUGCCCAGUCGUGUCGCUACAAGCGGGUGCAGCAGAGGCACGUCCUGGAGGGCGAGAAGACCCAGCUGCUGCAGCAGGUGGACCACCUCAAGCAGGAGAUCUCCAGACUGGCGCGCGAGAGGGACGCGUACAAGGAGAAGUACGAGAAGCUCAUCAGCAGCGGCUUCAGAGAAAACGGCUCGAGCAGCGACAACAACCCGUCGUCCCCGGAGUUUUUCAUGACAUCACGAAAGUUUCUACACCUGUGAUAUGACCUCUGACCCCUGCCCUUUGCCCCUGCAGUCUGAGAUCCUCUGACUGUAUUGUGAUGAUGAGCGCGGCUCGCUUUAAUAAACCCAGAAGAGCCCGUCUGAUGCAGAGCUGUUACAGGAGCGAGGGGCUCCUAAACCUGCUGCUUCAGCCCCGGGUCACUCCCAUGAUGCACCACAGGUCACACAUCAGCCUCCUGAUCCUGUGACACACACUAGCUCUGGUCUGGCGUCUCAGUAGACCGCACACUAGUCCAGCGCACUCCAUAAUUAGUGUUCAUCAUUUUGAAUCAGACAUUUUUCUGUGCAGUGCAUUCUGGGAUUGCAUUCUCUGUAAGAGAGACGAGCAAAACGUUGUUUUGAGUAAACAGUAUAAUUUUGUCCACCCUUGUGCACUUUGUAGUGUACUUUAAAUCUCAGAAGCACAUUAAAAACUACUUGUUGUGAUAAUAUAAUAUUAAUGAAAAGGCCACUUUUAAUA